UUGCUUACAGUUACUCUAUCACCUUGCAUAUAGGAACAAAGAUGUACGUGGUACUUUCAUAAAAUUACAUGUACUAUCAUUUAUUGUACAUUAAUUAACAAUCACGGGAAACUUGCUCACGUGAUUGUUUUCCUGGUUAGAACACCGUGCUAAUUUUUCCUUCUUCCAGAUUACAGAAUCUUCCAAUGUCUCGGGGAAGAAGUGGAAGUUAUCGAAAAGACAUACCAGCAGGUCUCGAUGAGUCAUCUACUAGGUCUAGGGUAGCACGGCGGCGAGAGAUGAUUAGAAGUCAUAUUGAAGUAAAGGAAAGCGACAUGGGAUUUGUAAUUGGGAAGGGAGGCUUUAGGAUCCAACAAAUCAGCACAAACACAGGAGCUCAACUUUUUACUAAGCGUUCUGUUCCAAAUCGGAUUUUUAUUGAAGCUGAAAAAGAAGAAGCAAUUGAAAAAGCCAAAAUAGAGGUCUUAAGAGUCAUAAGCAAAAGAGAUGCUAAACAUGAUUGUGUGAAGUGGGAAUUGACAAUAGAUCCUUCACUAAUAGAAAGCGACAACGAAAUGUGUUGGAAACAAACAAAAAUACCAGGUCGAAGAUCCAAGUACUACAGACUUGUUCCUACACAACAUGCUCUAUCAUUGGAUGCUAAAGAUGUGUUGUCUGCAUCAAAAGCUCAGGAAAGUCACAGUGCUAAAUGGAUGCAGGCUGCAGAGGAAGUACUCACACUCAUGAGAAAAGAUGUUGACAAGCAGCCAAGUACAUCACCAAUGACAGUUGACUUAUGGGUACAUCUUGGUUAUUUACUUUUUUCAAACAUCGCUCAUAGUGAUGGUACUGUCUCAGUAAAAACAAUUUUGUCAAAAGCAAACAAAGGUCCCAAUUUACGCAGCUGCUUUGAGUCUGGAGUUGCUGGCUUGGACAUUGACUACCUCCAUAGGUUACUUGCAGAGCACACUGAUGGACUAAAGUCUACAGGUACUGGAAUUUGUUAUGACUUUGACUUUUAUACUCCUUCAGUACGAAAGCGUCGCUUCACGUUGUGGCUGCAAGACACAAAGAAAGAACUUGGAACAGUGACACAAGUUGACUGUGAUCAAACUGGAUCUGAAGAAUUUCAUUGUUCCUGA